CUGCUUGCCAGGGCCUCUGAAAAGGAAGGGCGCAUCUGCGUGACCCGGAAGUGCUUCUCCAGUCGGUGGCGGAGAAAGGAGACUACUGAGAGUCAGGGGGUGAAGGCGGAGGUUGUGCACUGUUGCUAGUAUGCAGCGAUUACUCCUUCCGCCCUUGAAGGUCUUGAUGGGGAACCCGUGUCUCCGACUCCUGGUUCCUAGGGCGGCGCCUAGGACGCAGUGUGGUUGCAGCUGUGGGAUCAGGCACUCCUUGAGGCCAGGGCAAUAUAGCACCAUCACUGAAGUAGGUUUGCAGUCUGGAAGGGGUACAGUGUCCCUUCCUUCAAAGGCUGCUGAGCGGGUGGUGGGCCGAUGGCUCCUGGUCUGCAGUGGAACAGUGGCUGGAGCAGUUAUUCUUGGUGGAGUAACUAGGUUGACAGAGUCUGGCCUCUCCAUGGUAGACUGGCAUUUAAUUAAAGAGAUGAAGCCACCUACAAGCCAGGAGGAAUGGGAAGCAGAAUUCCAAAAAUACCAGCAGUUUCCAGAAUUUAAAAUCCUGAAUCAUGAUAUGACGUUGCCAGAAUUCAAGUUCAUCUGGUAUAUGGAGUACUCACAUCGGAUGUGGGGUCGCCUUGUAGGGCUCGCGUACAUCCUGCCUGCUGCCUACUUUUGGAGAAAGGGCUGGCUCAACCGUGGCCUGAAAGGACGUGUUCUUGCCCUCUGUGGUUUAGUCUGCUUCCAGGGCCUGUUGGGAUGGUAUAUGGUGAAAAGUGGAUUAGAAGAAAAACCAGAUUCCCAUGACAUCCCUCGGGUCAGCCAGUACCGCCUCGCUGCCCACCUGGGAUCAGCCCUUGUUCUUUACUGCGCCAGCUUGUGGACCUCGCUGUCACUGCUGCUACCUCAGCACAAGUUGCCUGAAACCCGUCAACUCCUGUGGUUGAGACGAUGUGCUCAUGGGACAGCAGGCCUGGUAUUCCUUACGGCUCUCUCAGGGGCUUUUGUGGCAGGGCUGGAUGCUGGCCUUGUUUAUAACUCCUUCCCCAAGAUGGGAGAAUCUUGGAUCCCAGAGGAUCUCUUUACCUUCUCUCCUCUCCUGAAGAAUGUUUUUGAGAAUCCCACCACGGUGCAGUUUGAUCACCGGAUUUUGGGAAUCACUUCAGUUACUGCCAUUACAGCGCUCUACUUCCUCUCCCGGAGAAUCCCCCUUCCUCGAAGGACCAAGAUAGCAGCAGCAACUCUACUGGCUUUGGCAUACACACAGGUGGGCUUGGGAAUUAGCACUCUGCUGAUGUAUGUUCCAACUCCUCUGGCUGCCACUCACCAGUCGGGCUCCCUAGCUCUGCUCAGUGUUGCCCUUUGGCUCAUGAAUGAACUCCGAAGAGUCCCAAAAUAAUUCUCAAGAGGAUCAGCUUUCUAAGGCUGAAACUGUUUUUACGAGUUCACCAGAGAGCGCAAGAACUGGGGCCUUUCUGCGAGGAUGACCAUGGCAUACCAUGUGGUUUCCCAGUUGGUGAAGUUAUUUAAACUCCUUGCCUGUUGUGGAGACAUUCACUGGAUCAAGAAAAUCAUUAAGUGUGGUUAUGCUAAAGGAACUUUUGAUGUUAAAAAUCAGAUUUAAUGUGGAGAAAGAAGUAUCUGCCAUUUGCUUCUUAACAGGCUCUGUCUCGGGUUUCUUAAUGUUGACAAGCUGUUGAUUGUACCUGCAAAAUCUGACUCCUUGACCUCCUGAGUCCUGGAUUCUGCCUGAGUAAAAAUUCUUUGAUUUUUACUUCACUUCCAUCAGGUAAAGAUUCAAAGGGAUGAACUGGCACAAUCUGAAGUAGCAAGAUAGCUUCAGCAAGAAACAGCAGCUAUCUUCUAGUGUCUUGAUUUCCGAAAAUGGGGAAGGCACUAACCUAGUUCCUCCUAUGAUAAUGCUGUUAUACCACUAGGUCAGAUGAGUGGAUUAUAGUAUAAAUCAGUUCCUGAAAGGAUCUCCACCAACCUCAUAGAUAGGUAUGACCUUGAUGGUGUCAUACCGUGGACAUCUAUUCAGAUAUUUAAACCAAUUGUUGAUUAACGAAUUAGUGUGAUUUUGGCUUCUAUUGAUAUUUCACAGGGCUUUUUUCCCCAUAGGGCUCUUAUUCAACUACAUAUAUGUGUGUGUGUAUAUAUAUAUACACACACACAUAUAUGUGUAUAUAUAUGUUUAUAUUUUAGGGCCGCACCCAUGGCAUAUGGAAUUUCCCAGGCUAGGGGUCAAAUUAGAGCUGAAGCUGCAGGUUUACACCACAGCCACAGAAACUUGGGAUUCGAGUUGCUUCUGCAACCUACACCUCAGCUCAAGGCAAUACCGGAUCCUUAACCCACUGAGUGGGGCCAGGGAUUGAACCUGCAUCCUCAUGGAUCUUAGUUGGGUUCGUUACUACUGAGCCACAACGGGAACUCCUCAAUUAAAUUUUUUGAAUCAGCAGUUUAGAUGCAGGCAUCAGAAAGAUCAGAUUUGGAGUUCCCUUUGUGGCAUAAUGGGUUAAGACUCUGACUGCAGUGGCUUGGGUUGCUGCAGAGUUGCAGGUUUGAUCCCCUGCCCAGUGCAGUGGGUUAAAGAUUAUAGCAUUGCCACAGCUGCAGUUUAGUUUGCAGCUGCGACUCGGAUUCAGUCUCUGGCCUGGGAACUUCCAUAUGCCAUAUAGGUGCAGCCAUUAAAAAAAAAAAAAAGAUCAAAUUCGGGGAGUUCCCUUGUGGUGCAGUAGGUUAAGGAUCUGGCAUUGUCACUACAGCAGCUCAGGUCACUUCCACAUACCAGGAACUUCCACAUACCAGGGACGUGCCCCCCACCAAAAAAAAAUCAAAUUUGAGGAUGGAGCAGCCCAACAUUACUAAUAUAAUAGUUGAGAGUCACAACUCAAAACAGUUCCAGAGUGACUCCAUGAAGAUGAAAUUAAACAGGUCAUAAGUAUAACAUCAUCAUUUAAAUUAAAUAGGUUGUAAGUUUGGAGUAGAGAAAACUGGCUUCAUAUUAUUUCAUAUAAAAAAGACUUGGAGCUCUCUGGUGGUUUAGUGGGUUAAGGACCCAACAUUGUAACUGUCAUGGCUUGGGUCACUGCUGUGGCACAGGUGCAGCCAAAAAAUUUAAAAAGGAAAAAGAAAAAGACUUAAGGAUUUAGUUUGGCACAGGCUUAACAUGAAUCAACAGUGAGGUGAGACAUAAAAAUGAGUAGUGUUUCAGAUGUUAUCAAUAUAAGUGUCAUAGCCAUAGUCAGAACACCUCAAUGCAAAUGCUCCAUUUCACUCUGGUUACCAAAUUUUUUAAGGAGAUACCCAGUAUGACCAAUAUGUGUCCAGAGAAAGGGACCAGAAUAGUGAGGAGUCCAGAACCCAUAUCACCCAGCAAAUACUUAAAGGAACUAGGGGUAUUCAGCUGGAGAAGAACAUUUAGAGAGCAAGAAUCUGGCCCUUGAAAAGUUGAAAUCUUUUCAUAUAGAAGGAAUGAGCUUCCUUUGUGCUAAAGCUGGGAGCGGUGGGUGAAAGUUACAAAAAAUUAGAUUUUAGUUUUGUUGAAGGCAAGUCACUUGGACCAAAUCAGUGCCCACUAGGGUCAGGUGGGUGCAGACUGGCAAACUGGAGAGCAAGCACCCAGCUAAGGGGCCAAACCAUUGCUGAGCUCUGGUCCGUUGCUGCUUUGCAGGUCCAGAGUUGGCAGAUCGGUUUUUUUCUGUUGUUGUUGUUCUUAUUUUUGGCUGUGCUUGGGAUGCAGAAGUUCUCAAGCCAGGGAUUGAACCCAGGCCACAGUAGUGACAUUGUUGAGUCCUUAACUGCUAGGCUACCAGGGAACUCCUGAUCUGGAUUUUUGAAGAAGCCAAACAUCUAGAUUUUUGUGUGAAUGCUCUCAAGUUAAACAGGCUAAACAGAUCUGUUAGCCAUAAAUGACCUAAGAUUUGCCCAUUUACAGUCUCUGGACUAAGGACCUCAGUUCCCUUUCAACUCCAAUAUUCUCUGGGUUUCAGUGUGACCUACAGUGUAUCAUUCUCAAGUGGCUCUUAGCAAAACAGAAGUAGACAGUUUGUCUUUGAUUUUUUAAAAAUUUGGGUCCCUGGAGCUUAUGCUAUUGCUACAAGUGGUUCCCAACUUCUUUCACAUUAGAAUCCUUAAAAAUCCUAGCCCCAGCCUCAUCCAAGACCAAUUAAGUCACAACUUCUGAAAGCAGUAAUAGGCAUGUUUUUAAGGUGACUUGGAUAUGCCCUCAAGCUUGGGAGCCACUGGCUUAGGCCCUAAUAGCUAGUUAUCUUGGAAAAUUUUGACCAGCUUAUUCCCAUUCCCUCCAAAAUUUCACCCCACCCUAUCUCAUUUAAUCUGCUGUGUUGAUCUUGUUAGCAUGCUAAUGGGAUAUCACCUCUUCUAGAUCGAAUUCUCUAAAGAAAGGAAACUGCAGUCACUGGGGCAGGUUCCCAUGCCAUCACCUCCUGAUCCCCAAAUUAAGGUGGUUUUUAGUUAAUAACCAAGUCUGCAGAGGGCAGUCUGAUCCAACCCAAAGAACCAUACGCUAAUGCUUGCUAUUGUUCCCGCCAGAAAAGUAGCAGCGAAUGAAUAAGUUCAAGUUUCAGAUGUUAUUUAUACUUAGUUUUUCUUUUAUUAAAAAUGAAUAAGUUUGGAAAAACAGAUCGGAUUGCAUUUAGCAAUAUAACUCUGUUUUGCUCAUGUGAGCUCCUGGUGAAUGGAGAUUAUAUGAAUUAUUUUUGUUUGCAUUAUUCCCAGCGCCAGACACAUACCAAAUAUUGCAUGAAUGAAUGGAAAAAGUGAUUACAGAUUGAUGUCCCCAGUCACUGCUUUCAAAAGAAGCCAUCAUACCUAGAAGAUGAAAUGAAUUUCCCUUAAGAUUUCAAAGGUCUCAACAAUUCUGUCAGUUGUUUUGAAAAUGUCAAAGGAAAUUAAAACACCUAGCUUGCUUAAUCAACCCAGAAUAUUUUAUCUUAAACUUACACUGACAGACACUGUCCAUCGUGUCAGGGGUAAUAACUAGCUACUGCCUAAAGUGAUGCUGGCUGCGAGACCAACACAAAUGACUGUGAUAGUAGGAUAACCGUUCAUCUGCAGCAGGCUUUCCGGUCCUGGCAUGAAUGGUGGUUGCAGACUGGCAUAUGUGACAUAUAUACCCAUGUCCCUGUAUAAGGGAGAAUGCAUCCCCUCUCUAAUAAGCAUGGCACAUUUCUUCAACCUUUUUUUUAACAGUAUUAGUAAGAAUUUUAAGACCUGUUCAGCAAAAUUAUUACUUAAUGUGAAGGGCUGGAAAAACUUACCAUCUCAGCCACCCCCAAAAAUGAUGCGAUGAAGGCAGCCUUUGGUUUUUUAAAAGCAAGAAGGGAGUUAUAGUUGUGGAUCAUAAUAAAAAAAUGCCUUUCAGCACUGUGGGAUCCAUUGCUCAAGGCAGAAAUCAUGGAGGAGACAAGGCAUACACUUAAGGGCGGCUUCAAUGAAAAACUGUGCAAUGAGAAUUUUAAACACAACAUAAUGCCAAAUCCCAGACAUCAUAAUGUUUGUCUGGGAUCCUUGCUUGCAGAGAAGGACUUUUAUGAAGCUAAUAAGGGGCAGAACCUUCACCACCAGUGGUUUUAACAGGCUAAACUGGCAGGUGCUCAGUAGGAGGGGCUGCUUAGGAAAGGAGCAGGGCCACCUCAGACAGAAGUGCGGAAUGGAGGACUGGUAAGCUGCCAGAGGGCAUGUGAGUGGCUGCAGUACUUAAAAAGGAGAUGCUCAACUUGCCUGAAGUCACGCAUGCAUGGCUGUACAUAUCCUAUGAUUCAGAAUUUUUUUUCAACUUUGUUUUUUAUAAAAAUGGAAAGCAGCAGUUAAAUAUAAAAAGUAGAAAGCCCUUAUAGUAUGAGUAAUGACUCGGUUUUACAAAUAAAAGGAUCUUAUUGCCCAGACUUGCAGAGAAAAUGGUCUGAGGAUGUGUCCCUCUAUCCCUCUAAUAAUCGUACUGACAAACAGAAAUAAUGAACUACUGGGGGGGGGGGGGAAGGAAGCACUCGUGUAAUAAUACAAGGGAAAUCUAUUAGGAUAUUUUUUUAAAAGUCCUCAUUUUUUAACAACUACUUUUUGUAAUACCAACAAAUCUUCUGAAAUUUGACAGAGCAUCUGGCCCUAAUGGCAGGACUCUGAAAUUAGCAUAAUCUAAGAGAAUAGUUUGGGAGAAUUUGAAACAUACGCCACUACUUCUACCUUAAUUCCAAAUCAAGUUUCAUCACACACCACAGCAAAAAGGGAAAUCAGAUACUAGUUCUGAAUUGCUUUAAAAAGUUUAAAAACAACAAAAAGAAACAGCACUCUGUUUCUAUAAGAGAGUCUAAGAAUUGCCCAGUAAUUACAAUCAAGUUCCUUAAUGAGGUAGAUCUAAUAAACAUUUAUACCUUAAAUAAUUUAGAUUGUAACCAUAACAUGAAUUGCGUGGAUGCUGUGGUUAAGAAAAUUGUAUAAAAUUGAGCAAAUUAUUUUAAAAAGAGACAUUUAAGGAGUUCCCGUUGCGGCUCAGCGAUUAACGAACUCAGCUAAUAUUCAUGAGGAUGCAAGUUUGAUCCCUAGCCUCGCUCAGUGGGUUAACGAUCCAUCGUUUCCAUGAUCUGUGGUCACAGAUACGGCUCGGAUCCUAAGCUGCUGCGGCUGUGACUGUGCCUGACACCUGCAGCUCCGAUACAACUUCUAGCCCGGUAACUUCUGUAUGCUGCAGGUAAUGGUCCUAAAAAGCCAAAAAAAAAAAAAAAAAAUUUAAAGAAUUGAAAGAAAUCCAGAAGCUAGAAUAGAUGCAGUGAAAACCUGAUACUAUUUCUAACAAAGUAUGUCUUUCAUAUUUUAUUCUUAAAUGUGAGCAAUCAAAUGAGUAUCAGAAGCAGUGAUAAAGAUUGAGCAUGGUUAGUGGCAGUCAGCUGUAUUUUAUAUGUAUUCUGUUGAAAUAAACAGCCUUGCAGGAA